AUGCAUGUUCUUGUUGUGAACGAUGACGGCCCUCCGUCGAAUCAAUCAUCACCAUAUGUUCAUUCGCUGGUUUCGACGCUUCAAGAUGCCGGCCAUGUCGUCUCUGUCGUCUUGCCUCACGUUCAAAGAUCCUGGAUUGGGAAGGCUCAUAUAGUCGGUCAGACCCUGACUCCGACCUACUUUCGCCCUGGCAGCAUCCUGAAGGAUGACGGCAUCACCUCGGAUCGUCCCUUUGAUGAUGGAGGGGAAGAAUGGAUUCUGAUAGACGGCACCCCAGCUUCAUGCGCUCAGAUUGGUCUGCAUCACGUCUUCAAGGAUAGAGGUCUGAUCGACGUUGUAGUGAGCGGACCCAACUACGGACGCAAUACCACUGCUGUGUUUGCCCUCUCCAGUGGUACCAUUGGUGGUGCAAUGGAAGCUGCGAUGAACGGCGUCAAGGGCAUCGCCUUGUCCUACGCCUUUGAUUCAAGGGAGCACGAUCUCGAAGUCAUUUCCGAGGCAUCAAAGCUGAGCACUCGACUUAUAGAGAAACUGGUGAAACAGUGGCCGGAUGAUGUACAUCUGUACAGUAUCAAUGUUCCUCUUCACAAAGGAGUUACGAACAACAAGAUCGUUUACACCGAGAUGAUACAAAACCGUUGGACUGGUGGCAGCUCAUUUACAGAAUUGCCCGAAGAGGCUGACGACAAUAACCCUAAUGAGGAAGAACGAAUCAUCCGCGAGACCGGCGCGGUCAACGGGAACGGUGCCAAGGUUACGCGGAGAGCACAUCGCAAGUUCAAAUGGUCGCCGAACUUCACAGGCGUCCGGAAAUCUGUCCUCGACGCUGGCAAGGGUGAUGGAUGGGAAGUACUACAAGGGAACGUCACUGUGACCCCGCUGGUUGCAAAUUUCUGGCAUCUGCCCCAUUACACUGGAGAAAUCAAGCUAGACGAUAUCACUGCGAACCCGAUAGACCAUGCAGAGAAUGCUACUGCAGCUUCCAUCUAUGCACUGGUUGACUAUCCAGAUGCAUAUGUACAACCUCUGAUCCUGGCCUCCCUGAGUCAAUUAAGGCCUACCACUGUCAAGCUUUUGUCUUCUAUCAGUCAUUUACCGCAUCCCCAAGACCCCGUCUUGCAGUUCACUGCAUAUGAAGCAAUAGACUUCGAGCAUGCGAUGCACCAUCCUCAGACCUCGCUCGUAUGCGCAUAUGUCAUCCGUAAGGCGUUCGUUCGCAAGCAUUUUCUGUCCAACACAGUUUCAACUUGGCUAGUCAAGCACCCUGAAAGCAUCUUGGCAAAGCAUUUCAAGCCCUCUGCUCAUUUCGAAUUGGACUAUGCAGAGUUCCUGGACGAAGCGUUGGUGGAUGCAUGGGACUUGAAUGAGAGUUUGGCGGAGAACGAGCAGAAGGAUUCUACUCAACAAAAGCAGUGGUGGAUCCUGAAGCCCGGCAUGAGUGACGGUGGCAACGGCAUCCGGCUCUUCUCGAGUCUAGAAGAACUCCAAGCAAUUUUCGAGGAGUGGGAAGAGGGCGCGCCCGAUGACGACCACGACACCGAUGAGCCAGCCGAUGGUGACCUAUCCGAUUCCCCCUCCACGAGCAAACGAGGCAGUAUCACUAAAGGUAACGCAAUGACGUCUCAGCUCAGACACUUCAUUGCUCAACCUUACAUCGACCUGCCUUUGCUUUUGGAAUCGUAUGGGAAUCGGAAAUUCCACAUUCGAGCAUAUGUUCUGGCGGUUGGGGCACUGAAGGUUUAUGUCUACAGGGAGAUGCUUGCCUUGUUUGCCGCCAAGGAGUAUCAAACGCCUGCGUCUACUACAGGCCCGGACAUGCUUGACCUUGCACAACAUCUGACAAAUACCUGCUUCCAAGAUGAAGCGACCAAGGAGUCUUCUGUCUACCGGUACUGGGAUCUGAACUCGAGUGGAGUGCGGCCCAACUGGGGGGAGGACGUCUUCCGCCAGAUAUGCGACAUAACCGGUGAGGUGUUUGAGGCUGCAGCUCGUGAACAGAUGAUACACUUUCAAACACUUCCGAAUGCAUUCGAGAUUUUCGGCGUGGACUUCCUGGUGGACAGUGAUUAUAAUGCUUGGCUUCUGGAACUCAAUGCGUAUCCCGACUUCAAGCAGACGGGUCGGCAUUUGCAGGAUGCCGUGGUCGGUGGCCUUUUCAAAGAGGUCACGAAGAAUGCCGUUGCGCCAUUCUUCGGGCUGGCCUCCUCCGGAAGUAUGCAGAUGCCGCUUGUUCGGUCUGUCAAUCUAGGCCGGGGAUGA